AUGGGGGGCGCCGCCGACCUGGUGCUGAAGGCGGCGUGCGACGCCUGCGGCAAGGCGUCCGAGCUCUACAGCACCGCCUGCCGCCACGCCAUCCUCUGCAACUCCUGCGCCGCCACCAUGGCGCGCUCGCGCGCGCGCUGCAACGUCUGCGCCGCCCACAUCACCAACGUCAUCCGGGAGUACAAUGUUCGGGUGGAUACCACCGCGGGAAAGGCCCUUUCCAUAGCCCAAUUCAACACCGGCGUGCCGCCCUUCUCGAAGAUGAAGGGUGCGGGGAACAAGUGGUCUCUUCGUAAGGAUGGCCUGACGCAAGGCCGCCAGCUUACUGCCGAUAUGCGGGAGAAGUACUACAACAGAAAACCAUGGAUAUUGGAAGAUGAUACAGGUGAACAUCAGUACCAAACAACAGUUUGGCAGGAUGUCGAUCAUGUUGUUGGGAUGAUCUUGAGGAUGAUCAUUCAGCUUGUGAUGUGGUCAAGUGGUGAUCACGUGGAUAUUACAGGUGAUGCUGUGAUUGAUUGA